CUCGCGUAUUCUUCGACACGGUGUUAAAACCGAUGGGUUUCGAAUUGACAGGUAAAGCAGAACCUCGAAGAAAUUCGAUGCAGCGAUUGGCUGAUCGCUGCGGGAACAACUAAAGAGUGGAAAGUGUAUCGGAAACGUUGCAGCGAGUUUUCUCGGAGUCGGAGAAGCAAAGUCUGUCCGACCGAGUGGUUUCGUUCAGUUUGUGCUUCAAAGAAACGGACGGUGAAAGGAAAGAAAGAAAGGAAAGUAAAGGAAAGAAAAGCAAAGCAAAGGGCGGAUAAAGAGAGAGGCGAUUGAGUCCUUCGCGGCAUGGUACACUACGGAUGCGCGAAAACCGACAGCGGUGGAGUCGAGUGCUUCGUUGAGUUCAAGGACUCCUCGGUGGCACGCGUGGAAAUGAUGGACGACAACAAGGUCGGCGCAAUGACGAGAUUCGUCGAAGUGGUCGCGACCAUAGGGUCGUUUUUACUGGUGCUCGUUACGUUUCCUUUCUCGCUGUGCUUCACGUUCAAGGUCGUGCAGGAGUACGAAAGAGCCGUUGUAUUCAGAAUGGGAAGGUUGAAGAGCGGCGCUUACGGCCCAGGGACGUUUUUCGUGAUGCCAUGCGUGGACAACUGUGUGCGCGUCGACCUGAGGACGGUGUCGUUCGAUGUUCCACCGCAGGAAGUUCUCACCAAAGAUUCCGUCACGGUGAGUGUCGACGCGGUCAUCUACUACCGCAUAAAGGAGCCACUGAAUGCCGUAAUCAAGAUAGCCAAUUACAGUCACUCUACUCGAUUACUGGCGGCCAGUACACUGAGGACGGUACUCGGUACGAGGAACUUAGCGGAGAUCCUCUCGGAACGUGAAACCAUUUCCCACACCAUGCAGACGUCUCUGGAUGAAGCCACGGAUCCUUGGGGUGUCAAGGUCGAACGCGUGGAAAUAAAGGACGUUCGACUUCCGGUGCAGCUGCAACGAGCCAUGGCCACGGAGGCGGAAGCCGCAAGGGAGGCACGGGCCAAAGUGAUUGCAGCGGAAGGAGAGAUGCUGGCUUCCCGUGCUCUGAAAGAGGCCAGUGAUGUCAUCUCCAUGAGUCCAGCUGCUCUUCAGCUACGAUAUCUACAAACACUGAGCAACAUAUCUGCGGAGAAGAAUUCCACCAUCAUCUUUCCCGUACCGGUCGAGUUUUUGACUCCGUUCUUUACUAACAAUUUCCAUCCAAGCGCAAUUCAAGAAGCUGUUGGAACGUCGUCGGAGCAGCUGUGCUCGAAGCAGCUCAAGGUUCAGCCCGACAUCCACUCAAACGCAGACAAUAUCGACGUGUCAAAGUGAAGAGGUGUGUCAAACUUCGAUUAUCCUUAGCAAAUUUCGCCAACUUCGAACGGUAUGUCGGAUUAAUUGGGGUGACCUUUGAUCCAAUUCACUGGUAAGCAGAUACGCUCGAUUGGAAACCGAUACGAGCAUACGCGAGACUCGACGCGUUUGUUGGUCGUCAAAGCGCCGCGUCACCCUUUAACUAAAAUCUCUGUUUCGUUUCGCGCGAUUUCGGUGCGCAGGAACGACAGACGCGCGACCAGAAACGCGACAAACUCGACAAAUAAAUAGGUAAACUUGUAAUUCGUCACCGGGCUCCCUGUUUGAUCUCCGAGCCUUUACGGGACGAAAAGAAAAUAUACGCGUAGACGAAUAUCGCGAGCUCGACUUUUUCAACGAACGAUUGCGACGAAAAGAUACGUUGACGAAAGCACGUUCGUAUUAGAAUUCUUCUUUCGUGCGAGGAAGACAAAACGCACGUAAAUUGAAAAUUUCGAGUCCGCCGUUCGUAACGACCGAUUGCGAUAGAAAGACGCAUUGGUACAUAUAAGUUUUAUGGUUUUGGAAUGGUUGCAGCUUGCAAUGACAGUGCCUAGAAAACUAUUUCCAAUGAAGCGUUUUUUUUUCUAUCAGAUUCUAUUUCGUUUUAGUACCAAAUUAUUGUAGUCGCGUGAAGAUAUUACCGAAUAAGAAAUUUGCUAUAUUUGAUCUGGUCGAUUGCUAUUGGGUUGGCAACUAAGUGAUUGCAGAUUUUGUCAUUGUCAAUACCACCCAAUGGCAAAAUAGUUGCCAACCCAAUAUUAUAAUUUAUACGCGAAUUUACCGCUUACUAGCAGAUAUUUUCUGUGCAUUAAUUCUUUCAGACUUAUGAAUCUACGGAUAUAUAUAUAUAUGUCGGCUCGUCGUCAGAAGAAAGGUAUUGGGCAUAUAACGAUUCUUCACUGGAGCUAUACAUUUUCCUCGCAAAAUUCAAACGACUUUUAUUAACACGAGUAUGGAUUUUACAGAGUUAACAAACAACUGCGUGGAUAAGACACUUAUGACAAUGGCCUAAGGUUCGAUAACGAAUCCACGGUCAACAGAAUAACUCUGUAUUAAACGUAAAAUACUUUAACACACAACACGUUUAAUGGGACGCUCUAUAUAUACUGCUCG